AGGAGAGACAGCACUCCAUAUGGCUGCCAGGGCAGGACAGACAAACGUGGUGAAAUUCCUGGUGGCGAAUGGAGCAGAUGUGGACGCCAAAGCCAAGGAUGAUCAUACCCCACUGCAUAUAUCCAGUCGUCUGGGCAAACCGGACAUAGUCCAGCAGUUGCUGCAACACGGGGCUUCACCCGAUGCCACCACCACAUCCGGUUACACGCCGCUCCACCUGGCCGCUCGCGAAGGCCACAAAGAUGUGGCAUCCAUCCUGCUGGACAACGGAGCAUCUCUUGGCAUCACUACCAAGAAAGGAUUCACUCCCCUGCAUGUUGCAGCCAAAUACGGGAAGAUUGAAGUUGCUAACUUACUGCUACAGAAGCGAGCGCCACCUGAUGCAGCUGGAAAGAGUGGACUAACACCACUGCAUGUUGCCGCACACUACGAUAACCAGAAAGUGGCCCUCCUUCUGUUGGACCAAGGAGCAUCUCCGCACGCUGCAGCAAAGAAUGGCUAUACGCCACUGCAUAUAGCUGCCAAGAAGAACCAGAUGGAGAUAGCGACCACACUGCUCGAGUACGGGGCUGAUACCAAUGCCGCGACACGCCAGGGCAUCAGUCCUCUCCACCUGGCAGCCCAGGAGGGCAACGUUGACAUGGUCACGCUCCUGAUCGCCCGUGAAACUGCCAUCAAUCUGGGAAACAAGAGUGGACUGACCCCUCUUCAUCUGGCGGCUCAAGAGGAUAAAGUCAAUAUAUCAGAAGUGCUGGUUAAUCAUGGUGCCACAGUGGACCCAGAGACUAAGAUGGCAUAUACACCCCUGCAUGUGGCCUGUCACUAUGGCAAUAUAAAGAUGGUGCACUUCCUCUUGAAGAACCAGGCUAAAGUCAAUGCCAAAACUAAGAAUGGAUACACACCUCUUCAUCAGGCUGCUCAGCAGGGUCACACACACAUCAUUAACCUUCUGCUGCAGCACGGAGCCUCUCCUAAUGAGCUGACAGUGAAUGGAAACACUGCCUUAGCUAUUGCCAGGCGCCUGGGUUACAUCUCUGUGGUCGACACGCUCAAAGUCGUGACAGAGGAGACACACACUACUGUGACUGUGAUGGAGAAACACAAAAUGAAUGUUCCAGAAACAAUGAAUGAGGUUUUGGACAUGUCAGAUGAUGAAGUUCAUAGAGCCAAUGUGCCUGAAAUGCUCAAUGAGGACUAUAUUUCCGAUGUUGAUGAAGGUAUCUCUUAUUUUGUGUGGUUUGUUCUUAUAGCACCUGCUUUUUGCUUUCUUUUUUUCACAUUUUCCAACUAACCAGAUCUUAUUCAGUCUUUUUUCUGUUAUAGACUCUUGUUGUACAACAUGGCUAUCUCUCGCUGGCUUUGUGCUAGUUGCUAGGCUACUCUUUAUGAAUAUGAAAUUCUUCAAUAUGCAAAUAUCUGUUGGCUUGCAUAUAUUAAAUCUGGGGUUUGCUAUUCAAUUAAGAACUGUAUGCGUAAUUACAAUUUCACACAUACCCUCUCUGUAAAUCCAGCCUCUAUGUGAAGGAUAGUUUUCUUCAGAAGUCUUGGCUGUUAGAUAUUUGGACAGAAGUUUCUUUGGCUCAGUUUGUUUCUGUUUUGCAGUCAGAACCCACAGAGCUUCAGUGUAAGCUAGAAGGAUUGAAUAGAAGUUUUCCAGUCAGUGCCAUGAAUGACAAGUUUGUGUAUCUGUUUAUUUC